AGGUAUGUUCACAUGAUCAACUUGUCUGUGUCUCCCUUCUCUAAUGUGCCCCAGCUGUAUAUAAGUAAAGAUCUGGGAUGCUUGUAAUCACAAGACUAAAAACUGAAUUAACAAUCUCUGCAGAUUGACAAGUAGAGAGCAUGGCAGAGAAGAGAGGUAGCAUUGCCUUCUUCGCAAGCUAUAAGCCACCGGUGCCUCUGGACAUUUACUCUUGUUCAGUUCCACCAACGGGGAGGCAUGACGAGCUACACAUGACUGACGGAUUGUCCAAUAACUAUAACUGCCGAGUCAUUCAACCAGAAGCUCUCAAAGCAAUUAUCAAGCGCCCAAAAUUGGCUUCCGAAGCCAACGAAUCUGAUGUUGAUUCAGGUCGGGUCUCUGGUUUGGUUUUCGUCUCUGAAAGAGACAACAACCUCGAGACGCUUCACAUAGCUCUUCGCUUCACUGACAAAGUUAAAGUCUUUAGUUUCGCUGAUGUGUAUGGCACAUUCAGUGAUGUUCGAUUGGAAGAUAGUGGUUGCAUUGGCGGUGGUUAUAAGGACGGUAAUCGUACUAUCGAUCAUUCUCUUGUCUAUAUCACCACCAAGGACCCUGCAAAAGAACGUCGUCAGCCGUGGACUGUCGUUUACAAAACCAAUCUUAAAACCGGGAAAACUGAACGCCUCACUCCACCAGGGGUAAGUGACCUAAGUCCUUCUGUGUCGCCAUCUGGAAGAAAGAUCGCAGUGGCGUCAUUUCAGGGAAAGGAUUGGAAUGGCGAGAUUGAAAAUCUACAGACCGACAUUUAUGUGAUGAAUGUAGAGAAGCCGCCCUUGGAUCGCAAGAGAGUUAUAACAGAUGGUGGGUGGCCAACAUGGGGAAGUGACAACAUCAUAUUUUUCCAUCGAAAGGUUGGAGAUUUUUGGGGUGUGUUCCGAUUCGAUAUUAGCAGCGGUGAAACAGUCCGUUUAACCCCGGACGGGAUGGAUGCAGUAACUCCGGCGGCCAUCAAUGAAACCAAAGUGGCAGUGGCAACUAUACGUAAGAAAUCAAAAUUCACUGACGUCCGAGAAGAAGAUCAAUAUCGACAUAUUGAGAUUUUCGAUUCAACUGCACCAAAUCAAUCCAUAAAAAUCACUCAAAUGACCAGGCCAAAGGCUGACCACUUCAACCCCUUUAUCAUAGAUGGAGAGAAGCGCAUAGGUUAUCAUCGUUGCAAAAGCGACCAUCUCAAGCAUGGAGACGAUAUCCCAAGAACUUUCCACAAGCUCCAUUCUCCACAUGCGGAUGUAGGACUUUUCAGGGUGUCGGGUGUCUUUCCAACAUUUUCCAAGGAUGGCUCCAAGCUCGCAUUCGUUGAUAAUGAGUUCAAAUCUGUAUGGUUAGCCGAUAGCCAAGGAUUGCGCGUUGUAUACGAGACAAGAGGACCAGAUAACAUCUUCUCACCAGUUUGGAAUCAAAAUCCAGAAAAAGAUAUACUAUAUGUAUGCAUGGGACCUUCUUUUGAUGCUGACAAGACGUUGGAUAUCUUCGCUAUCCCCAAUGUAUCUAGUGGUGCACGGCAGCGUCGAAAGCUCACAAGAGGAUUUAAUAAUGCCUUUCCAUCCACCAGUCCAGACGGGAAUAAAUUAGUUUUUCGAUCUACAAGAGACCAUCAAGGGGGAGAUGAGAAACACAAAAAUCUAUAUAUAAUGGAGGAUGCAGAAGUAGGAGAAUUCGGAGAUGGCAAAGACAAAAUAUCAAGGCUAACAGAUGGGGCUUGGACGGACACACAUUGCCAGUGGUCUCCAACUGGAGAUUGGAUAGUAUUCUCAUCAACUCGUGAUAAGCCUAAAAAUGCACCGAAAAAAGACAACAAGCUUGAUCCAGGAUACUUUGCAGUAUUUCUCGUGAAGGCAAAUGAUCGAACAGUUAAAAGAAUAAUAAUAAGUGGCGAUGAUAUUGCAGGGCAUGUAAACCAUCCUUUCUUUAGUCCGGAUGGAAAGAGUAUCGUUGUAACUUCAGAUCUCGCUGCAGUGUCUGUUGAUCCAAUUUCAUUACCUCUUUUCCUACAUUCAGUGAGACCUUACGGAGACAUAUUCACCGUCGAUCUACCAGAUGACAUAAACACAAAUAAUAAAAAGAAAAACAUAGAUGUGAAGAAAUUUAAUCGCAUUACACAUAGCAGAUAUGAGAAUUCUACACCCACUUGGACCAUGUUCGCUACAAAGGAUCCAAAUGCGACGUGGAAUUUGCUUUUAAAGGAUGACUACACUCCAUCAUGCCCUUAUAUACAUCCUGAUGGAGGUGAAGGUUGGCAUAUGACUGGCCACCUUUGCAUCCCAAAACGAUGUUGUUGAUUAUCAUAAAUCCAAGGUGUACGAGAAACUAGGUUUUAGAAAGAAUUUGUAUGUGUGCUAUCAACGUAGCUUGUUUUCAUUUAGUGUGAUUUCACAUUAUGUUCCAAUAAAUGUAGAACCAUGGGUUCCACUACACAUUGUAUUUUAGUAGGCUUUUAUUUCAUAAUCCAAUUUCUUUAGAAUGCCUGUC